AGAAUUCCGAUUCUGCCUGGCUAGGAGUUGAAGCUCUUGUCCCAUAUCUCUCUGUAUCUGUGGCUAAUUUGCUGUUACGGUGACGGAGGUGAGCGAUAAAACUUACCUUAGUUCCGCAAAAGCCUCAAUUACAGACCAAAUAUAGACUGUGUAUCUUGCUGAAACACGUGAUCACGAAAUGGACUGAGAAAACAGAUUGAAGUUAUUUUUGGGUACGAGCUCAGUUAAUGUUUGAUAUUCACGGAUUCACAUUCCGUUUACGAAGAUUUCAAAUUAAAUGGAGAAAUCAGUUCAGUCAAUCAUCAGCUGAAUAGGUGAGUGUAUAAGUUUAGUUAAGGAGGAAUCACUUCUAUAAUUACUGUCAACAUGUUUUUGCGCUUUAUACAGUUCGUUGAUCUAAAUUGUCAAAACAUUGAGUUGACUGAAGCAACUUAGUGAUCUUGUCGCCCGCGUGCUUUAGGCUAGAGUUCAAAAUUUCCAGCGAGAGCUAGAGUUCCUUUUUCAGUGAAUCCAAUGAUCUAUCAUCUAAGAAUUCUAUUUUGUCAAUACUGUCUUGAAGACCAUUUUUGAAAAAAGGAUGAAACUGUUCGGAGUCACUCAUUUUUUUCACUGAUUGUUAGGAGGCAUAAUGUUCUAGAAAUUCUGACCUAAUAUCUCACAUCUGUUUCUCCAAGUACAGUUAUCAGUUGGAUAUUGAGUGCUCGUUCUCUGAUAACUAAGUAACACAGCACAGCGCAAAACAAUUGCGAUAACUUGACGUGUUCAUCAUGCCGUAUCCGCAGAAAGCAAUGAAACCGAGCAUGAUAAUUAAGAAUGUAAUAAGUUCGAGUAAAUUAUCCGCUCACCUUGGAAUUUUCCAGUAGACCCGGCUUAAUAUAGACUAGAAUCUGACUCUCUGUACAGUCUAUGGAACUUUCGAGAGCCAAAACAAAUAAAUAUUUUCGCUGCCUCGCAGUUUCUCUUUUUUUAAAAAUUCAAACUUGUCCAAGAAGAAAGACCCUCCAAAUAGUGACAACUUAUUUUUCUAAGUGACCAAUCUUCUGUUCUUAUCCGAAAUAACCUUCCACACCACGAGCAGCCGAGCGUGAUUAAUAAACAUACUCAGGGAAGGGGGGUUGUGGGGUGGGCAAUACAAACAGUGCUAUAUUACAUAUCUUAAGCAAAAAUUCGUUCUACCGAAAGUCUUCAGAGGAAAAGCAGGAACUUUAUUCCCAUGUCGCGGAAAACCAGACAUUUCUUUCGUUUCAAGGCAUUUUCCAUCCCUCCAGCUGUUCUCUUAGAGAAAAAGUAACCUUUGUUAAGCACUAAGUAAACUGAAAGUGACAGCCCCUUAAGAUACAGCCAAUUAGAACUUUGCAGACUCCCCCUCCCUACCCCACCAAUACUUUGCUCGGCGAAGCAGCUGGCCUUCGUUUCGAGGACCAGUUGGCUGUUACGGUUAUUUUGUUAAGAUGUGGAUGACGGAUCUGUUCGUCAUCAGGGCGUAUUGGCAUGCGUAUUAGCAACGUAACCGAUAAAUUUGAGUCGAGUAUGCAAAGACCACUAAUCUUUACUUCCUUCAAUUCAAAGAAAUACUGGCGAACAAUAUUGUGAUUCCGGUGCGUUGCUAACCUCAUAUCAAAACGAUAAAUUGAGUCAUAAGUAAAGUUCUGAUUUUUUACUGACUAGCUUUCAGCAAUGCGACAGGUCACGCUGUCGGCUUAGAAAUUAAAUUGUUCCCAUGCAGUUCGGGACAUAACAGGGCACCAUUUUGUCGACCAGCUUAUUAAGUAUUCUCCAUUUUACAGCCAAUUGAAGUUUUUUGUCCAUGCUUUAAUUUGAAUAUUUAUGUUCAACUGACACAUCUAAGCAUUCAAGAAAAUCACUAAAUCCCAUAUAAGGAGUGAAAAGCGUCAUUUCGAAUUACAAUGUAAUUAUGAAAAUUUCGAAGCUCAGUGCCAAUUAUGAUAUUGUAGUUGUUUAUUCGUUUCGAAUCGGGUGUAAAACUGUUAUGUUCCAUGUCGUAAGAGCGCACUUUUUCCCCAACCUCUGUUAAGGAAAACUUGAAUUACACGCAGCAGAAAGUGGACUGUUUCUUUUUAAUGCGGAAAUUAACAAAUGCCUCUAGCGAAAAAAUGCCUCUUGUCUUGUCUUGUCUUGUCUUGUCUUGACCUUGUAUUGUGCAAAUAUGAUCCUGUCUGUCGAUGUCUCGCUGUUAUUCCGCAUCGUAAAAAACAACAGUUUGAGUAGUUUGAGAAGCGGAAUGUGAUAAAUUUGAAACAUUUUUCACAAUACAUUGCUUUUUCAAGAAAAACGAAGGAGGACUGGGGAAAUUCAUGCCAACUCAUUUGUCGCCGCAAAGAAUCGAACCUGACUGAUUAUAAUUCCUUUUCAAGAUUUAUCUGGAAAGUUUUUUCAUUCAAAAGCAAUUGAUUCUUUUUAAUUUCUCUCUCUAUAUAAAUGGCGAAAAAGUCUAGCAAUUAAGAUUAUUUAAUGUCGCUCAACUGGGUAAUCAUGGACCAGACCAUGCGGAAAAUUUACACAGCCACGCAACGUCGCAAUUCUUUCAACCGGUGCAUUUAACCCUCUAAGUCCCAAUAGGGACCAACAGCAAUUUUCUCCUAACGAUAUCCAUACAUUGUCGUGAGAUGAGGUUAUGAGAAUUAAAAAAUGAUCACCUAAGAGAAAACACUUUGAUCUUUUAUCAAAUUCUCUUAACUAAUUCUUAAAGGAAAUGUAUAUAGAUCAGUUUGGAGAAUUUGUAUGUGGAUAUUGAGGCUUAAAGGGUUAAACUCCAAAUUUCUGCACACAAAAAGUACGCUUUAAGUGGACAUAUUUCUUGAGUGACAAGCGAAAAAAUAAAAGCGACAGUAGAGCUAAUCUUUUAUUCUUAACAUAAAAUGGUUUGCUAAUUUUUCGUUUAGCAUUUGAAGGAAACAUCUUAUUUGAAACAAGUUUUGAAUUUCGUGUGAAUUAUUCAGCGCUUUAUCGGAAGUUUAUUUAGGGAAGGCGCCUCGCCUUGUGCUUGUAAACAUUCCAGUAAUAGCUCAUAGAAGAACGUUUAAAAGCACUGUCACGCAACAAAAAAUAAAUUGGAAACCGUCCACUGGAAGAAGCCAGAAAAUGAAUAUUAUAAAAGACUAAUAUAUAAACAAUUUGUCCAAGUCUCAGGUCUUUGUGGCCCAUAGUUUCUGAGUUAUUUGCCAAAACGUUUCACGCACCUUUGUUUUGCAUGGAGACGCCAUAUUGGUGUACCGUUUUGGUCCACCAAUAUGGUCGCUGGAAAUCAAUAAAACAUCUGGAUUUCACUUUUUGUAUGACAGCUCUUUCUUUUCACUCGAGAACUAGCAUACGUGCACAUAAACAUAUUUCUAAUGCUUGAAAUAGUUAUACUGCUGAAAAUCAAGAGGAGAGACUUUUUUUCAACGAGAUAGCAUUCCUAUGUUGGUGUCACGCACUGUGAAAACUGGGAAGUUCAAAUUGCUGUAUUUUCGAAAUUAAACAUGCUACAGGUCGGAAUGGAAACUUGUAUAAAAAACGUUAUUUGGGGGCAAAAACGUUAUUUUAUACGAAGUUUUUGGGACCAUAUGGACCCGUGCGUGUACUGGCCAAAAUAGUCACGCUACGCCCCUGAAAAUGCCUCAUACACUUUCUAAAAACAAAACACCAUUAAUGUGACUGAACAAUGCUGCAGUCCGGGGGGGGAGGGUACUGCCACAUAUGGGCUAUAUAGGUACGUGCCGCUGUGAAGGGUAUGGUUUUCAAGCAGUUUACUCUAGGAUAGGGUAUAUAAAUCAGAGCGUUUGGGUCUAGAAUAGGAUAUCAUUUUUCAGGAAACUGAUCAGUUAAGUUGAAGAUUUUAUCUAGACUAGGGAUUGUGGUAUAACGUUUUGUUUGGCUAGACUGUGCUAGUGACCUCAGUAGUUUCUGGAAAACAGCUACUCUAGGAUAGGGGGAUUCGGGGAGUUUACUCUAGUACAGGGUAGCAAAUUCAGCUGCACUAGCUCGGGCCACUAGCCACUUUGUGCCGAAAUCCUAACGUGUAAUAUAAACAUUUCAGUAAAUUUACCUCGUUUAUAGGGUUUCGCAAGGCAAAAACUGAACGGAAGUUGCGUAAGCACGUUUAGGCUAGGAUCACGAGUUUUGCAACCGGAGACGUUUUGAGAUGAGACAAUAGGUUUGUGUGUGUGAGAGAUAGAACAAAUAUUAGCGACGCGUUGGAAAACCACGAGGAGAAUAAAAACAAGGAUUUGUCGAGUACAAUUUGUGAGUUCGUGAGUUUAGAGUGUACCCCACAAGUUCGGUACAAAACGUGCAUAUACUCAGUGUCUUAACAAACGAAAUUAAAUCGAAAUAUUCAUUUAUCUAACGCAAAGUGUCUGAAUUGUCGUUCCGUUCUCUUCUUUUUGCUGAACACAAAUAUUUGGCGAUCGGUGUAGGAAAAUCAGCGAUAUUUGUCUUAGGGACUGUGCAAUAAUUAUCAGGAGGGGGGGCUGAAAAACUAGAGGGGGGCAUUACAUAAAAUUGCUGCCAAUGAGGGGGGGCUCAAAGUAAAAUCACUCAUUUGACGGAGGGGGGGCCUUAAGUUUUAUUCGUAAUGUAAAUAAAAUUAAACGCAAUGAAAGAUUCUCAAUACAGACAUCAUGAUAGACUGUAACAAAUAUCAACCCGAACAGCUGUUAAACGAUUAUUGAAAAUAUUCCAUCAAAAUGAAAAGCAAAUUCACAACUGAUCAAUUUUAACCCGUCUUCUAAUUAAUUGAGUUGAUCCUAUAUAAAGCAAAAAUCAUGAACUUGUUUUUCAGCUUCCCCCAUAAAACAAUGGGAAUCAAACAGAUCUCAUAGAUAAGCUUUGUCGGUUUUUGAUGUGAAUAAAAGUAAUGUUUCUUCAUCGACUGAAUCGAUUUGCUGAAUUCCAUAUAUAUAUGUGGCUCAUAACAAAAGUUCAACAGGCUCUCCUCCCAAGGAUCUAAAUAUAAUGCAAGCUCUUUUUCUUCUGUUAUUUGAAGCGUUCAAUCUCCUGUUCUUUGAUUUUUUUUCUCUGCUCCUUUCUCUUUCUGGCUUCAGAAGUGUUAUAUUUUGAGCCAAUGUGGUAAGCACCCCGGUACUUAGCAAAAGCUUUGUCUAAAUCUUCAAUCAAGCGAUCAAUAUCCUUCUCGAUACUAGAUGUUACGUAAUAACGUUUGUCAUUAUUGAAGCUGUGAUGGCAGCUCAGUCCAGUUUUGAGUUUACCAGUGUGGUGGGAGGGGUGCGACGUUAUUUUUAACAUAACAGAGGGGGGGGGGGGUUAGAACUAAUUUUUUUUGUUUUGGAGGGGGGGUACUGCAUUCUAAGUUUUUGCUAGAUAACUCUAGUUUUUCAGCCCCCCCUCCUAAUAAUUAUUGCACAGUCCCUUAAACAGGGUCAGGGUAUGAGGGGCCGCGCCGCACCUCCCCACCCUGGGAUAUAUCGAGUACCCCCCCCGGGGGGUUUUAGAAGCUCACGAUGACAAAACUCUUCUGAAUGCCGGUCAAUUUCACGUUCUAAAGAAGUGCCUCGUAAAAUUUGAUCGCCACAGUUUACAAGAUGUUGUGGAUCAAAAAACUCAGGCCUAAUCUUAAUACGCAGAGAGACUGUCCAUAAGUGCGAAACUUUGUCUGGUAAGUAUUUCAAGUAAAGCCAACAUAUACUCUCCCUCUAGUUCCAGGCCUUUCCCUACUUGCAAUAAAGUAAGCGAAGAAUUUUAAAUACGCAAAGCACCUCAAGUAAGCAUAGCAUCUCAAGCAAGCAGAGCACCUCAGGUAUCUAAAGUAAACUCCGGCGAGUCUAAAGUAAACUCCGGCGGAGUUUACUUUAGAUACUUGAGGUCGGCUUUGCUUGCUUGAGAUGCCUUGCUUACUUGAGGUGCUUUGCGUACUUGAAAUGCCUCGCUUACUUAGUUACCUUUAUUUUUAAUGAUCUAUUGUUUUUUCUUUUAUUUAUAGGACAUGUUUAAGCUAAUUUCUUUGACUUGAUAAUGACGUCCGAGAUCGUCGAAACGUCGUCAUGUUUUUAAGGUUUUUCCAAAUUUCUCAAAAUAAUUUCAAGAAAUAUUCUAUCGCAGUUUUUUUCCAUAGUUAAAAUGUUUUAAAAAAUCUGUUCCCUCUAAAAUUGGCCAUUGUUUCGAAGUGCAGUGAAUUUUGAUAUAAAGGUCAUGAUAGCUAAUACAUACUUAAUGGCAUUCAGCCACUGAUGCUUCAAAUGUUUUCUAGUUCAUAUAAAUUGGAAAACUAUAAGAUAACUUUUUCUUUGUUGUGUUUUCCAAUUUUUACAAGGAUUUUUUUCCUGUCAUCGAAAACGUGAUUCAUUUUCAGGACGGAAGAGCUCCCUAGAUGACAAAAGCAAUUAGAGUCUGUUGUGUUUUUCCAGAUUGGAGUUGCGUUUAGGCCUCAGUUUACCUAGAACAGUGUAAGUUUUAUGUAGUAACCACCGCUUGAUUCCUUGGUUGAGGACAUAUUGGCUCUAUUGUGGGAUGAAGCGGGCCUUCAAGAUUUCAUCUUGCUCGCCAGAUACCUUGCUAAUAAAAUUUUGUGUCGCAUUACUGAAAUAACUGUCAAAUAAACUACGGAAACGAGAAUUGAAGAGAGCCGGAAAUGACGACAAUCACGUCCACGUUACAAUCCUGUUGAACGGGUUAAAUUGUUUGUUCAAAGAUCUGCUGCCUCAUGCGUAGUGUUUCACUAGCUAACACACAAUAAUGUGGUGCUCAGUUGCGUGGACUGAAUAGCUUUCUUCAAGUCUGCGAUUUCAAGGUAGGGUUUUUGGUGCUUAUAUGUUCGGUCGGCACUGUCGCUUAAAACGGCCCGGUCUUUUUUUUUUGUUAAUAAUAGAUCAAGGUCAAGUUCCUGGCUACUAUUGUUCUGGGGCUUGGAAUGAGAUGCCAGCAAUGUUUAACAAAACUCCGGCUCAAACUCCUCAGUGAUCAGACUUGGUGCAAUCAGAAAAAAAUACGGUGACGAAUUGACAACGACUAGAGCAAGCAAGCGUCUAGGCUUAUAAGGUCUGAACGUGAUAACGGCACAUUUUACAUGCAUAAUUUCAAGCAAUGCUUAUUGCGUUUAGGGUUUUUUUCGAGAUCUCAGAAUCAGAUGUUGAGCACUUAACUCAAGCCUUAACUCGCGCUAAGCCGUCCUUCGUAUAUCAAACCGAAUUGGAUUCAAACUAUUUCAAGAACACAAAAGAACUAGUUUGUAGCCCUGCGAGAAGGCUGUAAAUAACUUCCUUUAAUACAUUGAUAAUACAGGAAGUCUAUAGCAGGUCGAUAUUGCGAUUCCUUGUGUAGCUAUAUAUCGCCUUCCUUGUCUCAGAUAUAGUUUCAGGAAGAGUCGUGCAGAAUCGCAUUCUUUUGGUAACCUUAGUAAUGAGUAAGCCUGUUAAUUACCCGCUCAUGGCUUUAUCGGUACGUUGCCGGGCAUUAUUUUUUACAGAACAAAGAUAGGUUCCCUUCUCGAUUCACGGUUGAAGUCCAACACUUGAUACAAAGUUCAUCAAUCGGCUUUGUUUGACUCUGGCACACGUUAAGAUUGAAGAUAAUUAAUUGCUCCCCUAAUUACUUAUUUGCAUCUCGUGAUGGAAAUAGAGUGAAUUUGUCAUAUGCCAAAUUCAUCAUUUGUUGCCGCACGCUGUAGUUUUCAUUUAAUGGACCUUACAAUAAGCAUUAUGUUCCUUAUUCCUUCCUUACCACUGAUCUGUAAUCAAAACAAGCCCGGGCCGACAUCAUAGAUUUGACGAUUCAAAGCUUUAUUCAAGUUGUCAUAUAUUGUUGUAAGCUUUAAAGGACUAACCAUUUGACGCACAGCCCUGUAGUUUUUUACUUCACAUAUGUGCAUUUCAAGGUAAGAAUAUUGUUGUAAGUAAUAAUUAAUUCGUUUUCUUAAUAUUCUUUACCCUUCCUGACUGUCAUGAUAACUCAGUACUGUCAUAAGCAACAGCAUCAAGGAGAGUAUUUGUUUUCACGGUGCCUUGGCCAAGCGUUUUUAUUUAAUUGUUCCGCGGUGUCAUUGAGACGGCUGCCGUUUUCAAAAGAAAUUGACAGUUCUUAGCUUGCAUCUAAGUGUCUUAGAGUUUUAAGUUGUUGAAAGCCGAAGGAAAUAGCCAAAUUGAAUAAAAAUGUAAUUAAUAGACCUCGUUAGCUUGUAUGUUUUAUUUUCUCAGUACAGGUCAUGUGAUAAUACUCCAGAGAACUGUUUCUUCCAAAUUUUGUAUUAUUCCCGCGCAUGUACGCGUAAUUUAUAAAAAAACCCUUGGAUCUCUAUUGGGAAAACAAGACAUACAACUGAAAUGAGGUUUAUUUGAGACUUCAGCAAAAGAGGUUCGUUUAUGCUAAAUCGUAGCUCUGAGUCUUUGCUUCCGAUGACGCAGUUUGUCGCCGUGUACACUCGCCUUGAUUUCAGCCGUUCUCUCGGUCCUUCGGCGACGUCCAUAAAAGCGUCGCUGAAAAAUAGACUUCACAUCCUUUCACUUUUUUCGCGAUUAUCCCAAGGGGCCCAAUUACUUAAAAAGAACGAAUUUGGGUUGGAGCUGAAGAGAGGUGGCCGUUUCCGAGUUCUGACAGACAGACGGUAGAAUUUAUCGCCUUGCCGUUUCCGUUCCCAAGUAAUCUUAAAUUUGGUCAACUCACGUCCUAGUUAUGCAGGGACGGCAAAGAAAUGUACAAAAAAGUGUCAUGCACGUGCAGAAUUGUUGUUUUGCUCAUUAAGCCUAUUGCUUUUUUGACGUUCCCGAUGCUGUCGCCGUGGUUAAGUUUCGUAAGGUCCCUCUUCCCGAGAAGAGACGGGGAAGAGCGCGGGCUCUGUUCCUGAACAGCGGCUGUUAAUCGAGCCCACGUAAUUCAUCUACUUUACCACGUGAUCAAUAAAGUUCUGAGUAGUCUUUUUGGGUCUUCGUUUUCAACUUUAGCGGGGGCUGGCCCCGAUAAAAUCCGUUGAUAAUUUAGGUCAUUGAAGAUCUUGUUGUUUCUUACGCAUUUCAAGUCCAGAUAGUCUCUUCGAGCCGAGUCUUAAAGAGAUUUUGAUGCAGCCGUUGUUUGGUCUUCAGUCUUCGUUUUCAACCCACCUUGCUCGAAACUCGGUUUUUCAUUCUCGAUUUGCAGCGAAUACGGGUGAAUAUUUCAGAAGCCAAAUGAUCCGUUCAACUAAGAGAUCACUGAUAGACUCUCUCUCUCUCUCUGUUCUAUGAUCUGCGUCAGAGGCAAAGUUCUGAAAGUAAAAGGCCGGGAAUUAGCGUUUUUCUUCCCAGUGAGAGGGCGAGGGGGAGGGGGAGCGACGGAGGAGGUGGUGGGGGGCAGGGGUACUGAAGAACAUGAGUUUUAUAAGGGGGGGGGGGCUCCCACUCGAGCUCCAACCCUUCCCUUUACCCUUUCAGACAUACCAUUUUGACAGAAAGGUACGAAAGGUAUACCUUUUCGUCUAGUUUCCAUCAAAAUGCUACGUAUCCCUUUCACACAUCAACGUUCUUUCAGGAGCCCAUGGGCUCCUACUUUUAUUUCUAAACCCUUGGAUGUUGUCACGGGAAAACCUUGAUAACAAAUUAAAAUGAUUUCCCUACCCUGAAGAAACUGACUCAACAGCCUGAAGCCGGAAAUUAAAGUUACCCUUCUCAGGCGGAGCCCCCACGCCUGGCCCUCACGUACGACACACAAAUGUACCCUCACUCCCACACACGCACCCUCGGAUUUACGUGCCUGGUGUACCCCCAAAGUUUCAGGAAGCAAAACCGGUUCUUCCCACUGAAUGAAAUGGUAUGUCGCAUUUCUGAAAACUGCUUUCAAAAUUUAUGUCAAGGUUGAUUUCCACUGACGCUUUUUUGGCUACGCACGUUAACGCACAAAAAUUUUAAUCACGUAAUUUAAAUAGAGGCAAGAUAAAAAGGGCUGAGCUUAAACAAUAAGUUAAACGAGGUUCAACUUUUACCAGCUUACGAGCGACUUUUCAUACCGUUGCCUCAUUUUAUUUGCGAACGUAAAUUUUACGCACGUACGCACGUAAAAAUGGGGGACCAAAACGGCCGUAACCUCCCCUCCCAUAGACUUGUCAGGGAUACGCUGCUUUGAUGACUCUUAACCUUGUGAUAUAAUGUGUCACUUCAUGCAUGUAAUAUUAUACUCCGGUGGAAGGACGCUCACCUCUGAUUUGAAGGUAAGUUUUUGGCGUUUCUAGGUUUCUCUGUUGCUUAUAAAGUUUGUCUCGUCAAUUGCCAGUGUUACUUUUAUGGCUAAUGAUUUUCUCUGAGCCUGAGAGAUAUCAAACGUUGUAUACAUCAAGCAGAGAUUCGGUUAUUCAUCUGAUUUCAGUGUUACGUAAAUGGAAAUAGGUGGGCCGAUCAUGCAAGAGCAAAUACUAAUGCGCUUUUGUAGGACCCGACAUGUUUUCGAACAAAUCUCGACAACGAAACAUAUCUGCAUGCUUUAUUUAAAGUAAAUGCCAACGUUAAGUCCAGUUAGUAGUUUUUUAAAGACCUCAGAAUCAGAUGAUAUUUGGACAGCGAGGUUAAAAAGACCCAAAACCUUGACACUGUCUGCUGGCUUUGAACUUACUCCCAACAGGCUAGGGUCACGGAAUCACAUUCCACAAGAAUGCGCCAGCUUAAAAUUACAAACACAGCAAUCGAACAUUUCGUUUGAAAUUAAACAUUUUUCUACAUUUUUUCGCAAACUUUUCCUAGUUUCUUCAUGUAUAUCGCGCUAUCGCUUUAGAUAACCUGUAAAGGGACGCGCUAUUCAUGAAUGCAUUCCCACGCUGGAGAUGAAUAAUGAUCGAGUAUAUGUUUACUCAGGGCGCGAGAUAAUUGUUAAUUGUAUUUUUACUUAAUUGCCGAAAUCAAUUCUCUCCUGAAGGCAGAUACCUAAAUUGUUUAAUGGGUAAUCGUUUUCUCUACUCUAUCCGCGUCUGAUGUUUCCUUUCUACUUGCUUUGUACAAGGGGACCUAUUAAUUAAAGUUCAUUUAGAAUAUUACCCCUUGCAGGGGCAGGCCGAGCAUUAACAUUUGAAAUUUUUGCCUUUCAUGAUAACAAUGAUAUGAGCAGAGUCGCUCGAUGUACUUACCCUGUGAGCACAGGUUUCUUUCUGGCAUGGCUUUUAGCAUUUGUAAAGUCGUUCGCGUGGCUUUUCAAUCGCGUAAACAAACCAACUACGUGACUGACAAGCCGCGCGAACGACUUAAGAGAUGCUAAAACCAUACCAGAAAGAAACCUCUGCUCGCAAGAUAGGCGUAGUUAUGGCCCUAAAGGCUCGAUCCACCUGAUGUAGAGGUCAUGUGGAGGAGGCGUGCGUCCCAAGUCUUGAAAUAUCUCAACCCAUAACUCAAUUAACGAAAGAGGUCAAAAUUUCGUAACGGGAUCUUUUCUAGGGAUUUUAAAGAUUAUAUUUCUAGAGGCUCUAAAUUUAACGUUGCAGCCCUAACAUCACAACCCAUACGCUUCACGUCUGGCACUUUUACGACACGUUUUUGGCAAAGCCAUCGUGUGCAAGCAGCGUUUUGCGGUAGUCGAGCAAAAUCAUUGCCUUUCUCGAAGACACAACUACUGGGUAAGAGCAAAUUGAAUAAUAAGAAAGUUAUUAAUAAAUGGCAGUACCCAUUCAUUAUCAUCAGUGCUAAAUCAGCGAUAAAUUCUUUAGUGAAUUUUGUUUCGUGAUUUUUGGGGAUGAGUUAUUUAUAUAUACGAAGUAUUAUUUCCUUGAAGAAACAAUCAGCCGACCUUCAUUUGUUUGAAACUGCAUUUUUAUUGCGCUGUACUAUCUGAUUCCUGUUUCAAGCGUUUGGGCAUUAUAAAACAGUGAUAUUGGCUUUAGAAAAUGAUUCAGCAGGCGAUUUUUUCAUCAUCGGUAAAACAUUGGCGAAGAAACCGGCACCUCUGAGUGGUUAAGUCAUCGUUUGGCCAUUCCUCCAUGUAUUCACGUUCGAGGGAAAUAAAGUCCUCCAUACUUUGUUUCAUUUCUAGAAAAAAGAAUGAUUGUUGAUUACAGUUGCAAUACUCAUUGCGGCUUUUUAUGUAAAAUUUAGUUGCGACUGAACACUUACAGCGUGAAAAGGGUUCUGUUUAGGGCGAUGGUAUGAAUUGUUCGGAACGUUUGAUGUAGUCUACGGUAGACAAUAGUAUUCACAGAGUCUUUCAUAGCUUUAAGCUUCAGAUCGAAGCUGUCCAUGUGAACAUUAAGCAGAGUUAAUCAUUGAUCAGUUAACCUGUAAGUUGUAUUUUCGAUCAGUACUGCAGUCAGAUGUCAGUUCUUUCUUGUCCGAUCCCCUGGAUUGAUCAAGAGGAUUCCCUGAUCAUGGUUUUUAGCCUCAUUGAUUCAGCAGUGAUAUGAGAAGGAGACGGCAAUUUUAUUGUAGAAGUUAUUUGAAAUUAGUCUCGCUCAACAGAUAGCCAGCAGACAGAGACGUAUUUCCGGUCGUCGUGGGCUCACUAAGGUGAAAAUUUUCCGACAAAUGGUACUGGCACCGAAAACAGGAAUGAAUCAUAUUUACUGAAUAUAGUUCCCUUCUUAACCUGAGAUCAAGCUUUUUUUUGAGAAGCUAGGGUAAAAGAGACACGAAAGACAUAAUGGAGAUAUAGGGAGGGCAUGAUCGCAGUUGGCAGCCCGUUCACUCUCUUCACUAAGCCACCCACGAAAGCACGAAAACAGAACUUCUCACAAUCUAGUGCAUAACACAAUUAGUUUCCUCAAUAUAUUUUCAAAGUCCCCGUGAGGAUAUGAAUCCACGGCCUCCCAAAGACCGGUCGGGGCGGAUGUGCCUUUCGGGGACUUAGAUGUUUUCCUUGACCUGAACUCGUGGCACACAGCGAGAUUACGAUUGCAUAUUUUUUCAGAUCAAUGCGCUUAUUUAGAUUUUUUUUACGUCACAGCUAUGAAGACGAACCCGUUUAUUUUAGCUUGAGAUCGGGGAAUCUUGGGGUCAAUUCAGUAAAACUUUAUCAAAUGUCAUCCACAAGGUGGCUAUUCUUAAACUAUAGCUUCACUUGUAAAUCACACUUCUAAAGGUUUUUUGAAAUUGACUCAAGGUAAAAGUCAGAGUCACUGACAGAAUAUGAAUCCAUGACCCGACCGCGAACAUGUCAAGGCAGAUUUCUCCCUUGAGAACCAUGUUGCCCUUGUUCUAAGCUCGUGACACUCUUACAGAACACGCUGUACGUCUUCCUUCCAGAGAGAUUUUGUUUGGAUUGCACGCUUGAAAGCUCUAGACCUUUUCAAUUGUUCGCGCGAUUAGCUUGUCUGCCACGCAAAACAGACUUCUAAAUUUAGUUCUUCUAUUAGUGAUUGGGAACAAUGCUCCUUGAGGCCUCCUUGACCCAUGCAUUUUUUGAAUUAAAGUCGACUCAGCUUAGACUUGAACCUUUAAUCUCUGGUUGCUGAAUAAGACUGGGUGUGAAAGAGUUCCUCUGCUCGAAUAAAAAGAGACUCUUUUUCUUAUGGUAUUACGCUGAAAUCACUGUCGGGUUCAUCGAGCUAGGUGUAAAUUAAAGGACGCUUGAAAAGCCUUCAAUUGUAUAAACUUUGGUUCAGUUUUACGAUGUGAGUAAAUGAAAGAGGUAAUGUAUUAUAAGGAGAAAAAGAUCUAAAUUUUGCAUUUAUUUACAGCUCUGGAUAAUUUUUUGCUUCUUUUUUCCUAGUUUACUUGGUGAAGACAUCCUGCCCUGGUUUGCCUAAAAACUUCACGCGGUUGUCGGUUUAAGAGAAGCGUUCAGUAAUUUAGACUUUGCCAUAAGACUGGUCUAUACCAAGUCAAUCAUGUAUUCACUACACGACAUCACAAGCGUUUGCCCAAAAAUUGAACCAGUGGACUCUGACGAAGGUGAAAGUAAUGACCAAGGAGACAUGGAUCGGUUGCAUUGCCAGGCAAAAUCAUCUGUUGAAGAUUUUCCUAUCAAUAACAAUACAGUGCAUGGUAAAGUAAGUGAGUACGAUACGACCUUGAAAGGCGACAGAACCUCUCUUGAGAGACUAUCAACCAACAGCCUGGCACCGUACAAUAACGUAUCGACUACCCAAUCAGGCGAUAUGUUUCCAAGUAAGCAGAUUACCGUUACUUACUCAACUGCAAACCAUACGACAGUUUCCAUGGAUACACCUGAAAUACAGAUAGGAAACGCGUUCACAGUGGUUCCAAUUUAUGAGAUCAACGGACGUGAAGGGCAGUAUUAUCCUGUGAGUGCCGCAGAAAAUAGUCAUGAUAUUCAAAAUGGUACCCAGCAUAUAUAUAGUAAUAACAACAGCAAGAACAAGAACUAUGGAAAAACAUUCCUUCAACAAAAUGGUGGACCCGAGGGAUUGCCCGCGUACCGGUCGAAUUUUUACGGGAAAAUGCCAUAUGCGCUUGUGGCUUCCAGUGUAGGGCUUUCGCCGUACCAAGGAUUACCAACAUACAGUGGAACCCAUAGAGCUUUAACAGCGCAUGAGAUGGGACUCCUGGUUAAGCCUUGCUGUCAAUGUCCCUGUCACUUACAACUUCCACAACCAUCUCAUAUGGCUGCUGUUGACAUGAAAAGCCAGCGGCCUUCAGUAAUCAUGGUACCUGCCAAGUUGGAUCACGCUUUUGUGGGCGCAAACUCGAAGGUAAAGUUGUUUUGUUUAAAUAUUGCAUUGAAUUACAUUUCGUCCCAUGUAAGGUAAUUCUGAUUCCGGAAUCCCGAAAACUAGUUUUUUGCUUUUGGAAUCCUGAAUCCUGGGGCGCGAUCCAUUCAACCAAAAUUCCAACAGGUCCAGCUGGGAAAAGUGGUCCACCUCAAAAUGUGGACCCGUUUGUUCGGUUGGACCGAACUGAUCCAUUGAUUUUUGGACUGAAAUUUUCGGAAAUUUUGGUUGAAUAGAUCGCGCCCCUGGGCUUUUGAAACCGGAAUCUUGCUCAAGGAUUCCGUUGGAAUCCCGCUGAAUCUGGAAUCCAGUACCAACGUGGAAUUCAGAAUCCGAGACGGUCUUGGAUUAUUUUAAAUGGGGUUAUACAUGACAUUUCAUUGCAUUGUUUUCAUUACAUACCUUGUGAAUUCAGUGGGUUGUUACGUUGGGAUCAUUAUCAGCCUGUGCGUUUACUGGUUACUGGCAUUCAAAAAAACAAACGAACAAAAAUCAAAACAAACUAGUAACCGGUUUGAAAUUCUUUGAAGGUUGAUUCAGAUUCGUCCGACGAUGACGAAGAAGGAAAUGAAGAAAAGUACUUUCGUGUAAAUAUCGAUGGCACAACAGCAAGGUUCAAAUUAACCCGAGAAGACUGGGAAAGGAUUCCAAUUAAUACCUUCCCAAGCGGUGGCCGACUGUUGAGUGGCGACUGGACAAGAAUCUUCCUUGAAAAAGUUAAAGAAAGCAACCCAUGGUGCAGUUUACGCUUCAAAAAUAAUCACGUGAGAUCAGAAAACUCGCGCAAAAUCCACUCAGCGGUUUUCUUCAGAGGAGGCGCAGAAUGCAAGCGACCAGAGUGCAAUGUGAAAGUGCGAUUCGUCAUCCAUAAAGAGAAAGGAAAGUAUGUCGAUGUGGCGUAUGUUGGCAACGUGUGUCACAGCAGCCAGCUUGGCGGAGGUGGCGUUGGAAGUGAAAGGAAGAAAAAGCAAGGCCGCCUUGCCCGUUAAGCCUAUUUUGUGCAUGAAUUUCUUGAAGCUGGCGUUAAACGCUCUUUAUAGUAUCUUUUAUAUUUAGCUUGGAUGCUUACUGAUACCAUCCGGGGGUAGUCCUAUUGAUACGGCUAUAUAGUUAAAAAACGAACACCGGGAACCACAUAACGCAGAACAAGAAUCAGUUGGUACUUCUUUUUGCCGGAUCUCUUAUUCUUUUAAGAUUCUCGUCGUAAACAGGCUGCAGUGCAGCCGUAUUUUUGGGCGGGCAAGGGUGCUUUUAGUCGCCCAUGCAGUUGUUCUUCGUCUCGUCACGGCGUUGCGUGAGGAGACAAAGCAAUUGCCGUGGCCGCCAUCUUUGAAUCUAUAAGAUAAGAAGACUGGGGAGAGUGGAAGUAGAGACCCUUCGGGUAGGGGUUAGGACAAAUGGGAUUUAACGUGGCGGUCAAGCGAGCAGAAAUAUGCGCACACCCGAAGAAAACGCGUGCAACUAGGCUUGUACAAGACGUCUCCUUAACUUGUGAAUAAGCUAUUUAUUCAUUCAUGGGGUGAUUUUAUUUAACCAGUGAAAUAGAUAGUGGACUUCUACGCUGUAUAUGAGGCUCUAAUGACAUCGUUUUCUUUUGAUUAUUUGAAGCUACUCGGUAAUUGUCAGAUACUUUUUUAUGGGUUAAGUAAAAUCAUUCUACUGAAGCGAAUAAUCAUAAUGAUGUUUAGUUACUUUAAAAUUCUACUGAUAUGAAAAAUAACUUCUUUAAGUUACCAUAUUUUAUUUUUAGUUUUGGCUAUAUUGGUUAACGUGCGUAGUACGACUUGUCAAUGCUCAAUUCAUCCACUUUCUUGGCCAUGUGACGACGUCACACGAUUAUCAGGUCAAGCGCGAAGGUGUUUGCAUAUUCAAAGUAAGCGACAAUAGCACGAAAAAGACAGUUGGCUUGUUUUUCAUCCCAUAUGAGGUUUAACCUUUGUCUUCUUUAUCUUAGGUUUCUGCUCCAUUACAUAGCCUUAUUAUUAGUAUUGGCUCGUCACGCUAUGAUUGCUCCCCAAUCAUUGGUGACGAGUGAAACUGAGCACGUCUGUGGGAGGAUAAAAUGUGAAAGAAAUAGCUCUGCAGUAAAACGACGAGUGCUCUGAGUGCAACGAGUUUUAGAAAUUUAUAUUCUUUACUUUCGAACUAACAAAACCUUGAACACCAGAAAUAUAUCUUGAAUGUUAUUGUUUCAAAAAAAUCCAAUCAGGCGUGAGAAAACUAAUCCGCCAGCAAUACGGUUAAUAAGCUUGUGGUUUUGUGGCUAGCUCGCGUUUCGUAAUCUUUGUUGUGAUACGUCAUGCCACAAUAAACACUCCUGAAAUAAACAUUCGUCAAUUAAAAAAAAAAACUAUGAACAUUGCGGUUACGUGGGACAGGAAUGACGUCUGCGUUGGAGCUUGUGAUUGUAAAUACGAAGUUCGCAUUCAGCAAAAAGACACGGGUUUUGAUUUCUAGAAUUCACACAUGUGCUUUGAAAGAGUGGAAGGGUGAUGAUUUUUUCUCAUGGUGGUAAGUUUAUUUCUAUAUUCCCAACCAGCUAGGGUUUUUAAUUAACUAAUUCAAGAGAUUUAAUUACUGUUAGACACCAUAUCGUUUAUUUAGCUUUAUCAUUAUACGUGAUGAAACAUGAAAGUGUAUAUGAUAUUGUUCAAUGUACUAAAAUGUGAAAAGUUUGUUAAAUGUUCUAUUUUUCCAGCGCCGUAGACUUUACCGAGUCAGAGAAUCAGGAUUUACUGAUAUUUUUGUAAAGAAAACAGUUUUGCAUAAGUAAAUCAUUGCCGAUAAAUUGACGGUGAAAAGAGAGAAAACUUUUAGUAUUGAUUCUUUCGUUUAUUUAGAAUAUUAUAUUUAUGAUAAGUGUAACUAUUUUUCUAUUGCAUAUCAUUAAAAUCUACUUUCCCAUACCCUUUGCU